CCCGCACCGAGCCCCGCACCGAGCCCCGGCUGCCGCCGACCCUCCGCUCCUCACCGGCUGAGGAUCCCUCUGCACGUGCUGCUGCCCCGGGGACACUCCGAGGGGCUGCCCCUGCCCAGCCCUCCAGGAUGGUCAUGCCCGGGCACCUCCUCCCCUGCGCAGGGAUCGUCUUCGCCCUCUGCCUCCAGCACCUGGGCAGCACCAUCGAGGUCCCUCUGGAUCCAAGUAUUCAGAGUGAAUUGCCCCAGCCCCCCACCAUCACCAAGCAGUCGGUGAAGGAUUACAUCGUGGACCCCAGGGACAACAUCUUCAUCGAGUGUGAGGCCAAAGGGAACCCCGUGCCCACCUUCUCCUGGACUCGGAACGGGAAGUUCUUCAACGUGGCCAAGGACCCCAAGGUGUCGAUGCGGCGCCGCUCGGGGACCCUCGUCAUCGACUUCCACAGCGGGGGCAGACCCGAGGACUACGAGGGGGAGUACCAGUGCUUCGCCAGGAAUGACUAUGGCACUGCCCUCUCCAGCAAGAUCCACCUCCAGGUGUCCAAGUCUCCCCUGUGGCCCAAGGAGAAGGUGGAUGUGAUCGAGGUGGAUGAAGGGGCCCCUCUGAGCCUGCAGUGCAACCCCCCCCCGGGGCUGCCCCCGCCCGUCAUCUUCUGGAUGAGCAGCUCCAUGGAGCCCAUCCAGCAGGACAAGCGAGUGUCCCAGGGGCAGAACGGGGACCUUUACUUCUCCAACGUGAUCCUGCAGGACGCCCUGACCGACUACAGCUGCAACGCCCGCUUCCACUUCACCCACACCAUCCAGCAGAAGAACCCCUUCACCCUCAAGGUGAAAACCAAGAAGCCCCAUAACGAAACGUCUUUACGAAAUCACACUGACAUGUACAGUGCCCGAGGGAUCACGGAAACGACUCCCAGCUUCAUGUAUCCCUACGGGACCACCAGCAGCCAGAUGGUGCUCCGAGGGGUGGAUCUCCUGCUGGAGUGCAUCGCGUCCGGAGUCCCAGCACCGGACAUCAUGUGGUACAAGAAAGGAGGGGAGCUCCCCGUGGGCAAAACCAAGCUGGAGAACUUCAACAAGGCCCUUCGCAUCUCCAACGUGUCCGAGGAGGACUCCGGGGAGUAUUUCUGCCUGGCCUCCAACAAGAUGGGCAGCAUCCGCCACACGAUCUCGGUGAGAGUGAAGGCUGCCCCAUACUGGCUGGAUGAACCCGAAAACCUCAUCCUGGCCCCCGGGGAGGACGGGAGGCUGGUGUGCCGAGCCAACGGGAACCCCAAACCCUCCAUCCAGUGGCUGGUGAACGGGGAGCCCAUCGAAGCCUCUGCCCACAACCCGAGCCGGGAGGUGGCCGGGGACACCAUCGUGUUCCGGGACACGCAGAUCGGCAGCAGCGCCGUGUACCAGUGCAACGCCUCCAACGAGCACGGCUACCUGCUGGCCAACGCCUUCGUCAGCGUGCUGGACGUGCCCCCCCGGAUCCUGGCCCCCCGCAACCAGCUCAUCAGGGUCAUCCAGAACAACCGCACCCGGCUCGACUGCCCCUUCUUCGGCUCCCCCAUCCCCACCCUGCGAUGGUUUAAGAACGGCCAGGGGAACACGCUGGACGGAGGGAACUACAAGGCCCACGAGAACGGGAGCUUGGAGAUGUUCAUGGCUCGGAAGGAGGACCAGGGCAUCUACACCUGCGUGGCCACCAACAUCCUGGGCAAAGCAGAGGCCCAGGUUCGCCUGGAGGUCAAAGACCCCACCAGGAUUGUGAGAGGGCCCGAGGACCAGGUGGUGAAGAGGGGCUCCAUGCCUCGCCUGCACUGCCGCAUCAAGCACGACCCCACGCUGAGGCUCACGGUCACCUGGCUCAAGGAUGAUGCCCCCCUGUACCUGGGAAGCAGGAUGAAGAAAGAAGACGAUGGUCUGACGAUAUUUGGCGUGGCUGAGAGGGACCAGGGGGAUUACACGUGCGUGGCCAGCACGGAGCUGGACAAGGACUCGGCCAAGGCCUAUCUCACCGUGCUCGCCGUCCCUGCUAACCGUGUGAGAGAGUUACCCAAAGCACGGCCCGACCAGCCCCGUGACCUGGAGCUGACGGACCUGGCGGAGCGGAGCGUGCGGCUCACCUGGAUCCCCGGGGACGACAACAACAGCCCCAUCACAGACUACAUCGUGCAGUUCGAGGAGGAUCGCUUCCAGCCGGGAAUGUGGCACAACCACUCCAGGUACCCCGGGAGCGUCAACUCGGCCGUGCUGAGCCUGGCCCCGUACGUCAACUACCAGUUCCGGGUGAUCGCCGUCAACGACGUGGGCAGCAGCGUGCCCAGCGUGCCCUCGGAGCGGUACCAGACCAACGGGGCACGUCCUGAAAUCAACCCGACGGGAGUUCAGGGUGCAGGGACCCAAAAAAACAACAUGGAGAUCACCUGGACGCCCCUGAAUGCAACUCAAGCUUAUGGGCCCAACCUCAGGUACAUCGUGCGCUGGCGGCGCCGGGACCCGCGGGGCAGUUGGUACAACGAGACGGUGAAGGGCCCCCGGCACGUGGUGUGGAACACCCCCAUCUACGUCCCCUACGAGAUCAAGGUGCAGGCGGAGAACGACUUCGGCAGAGCCCCCGAGCCCGACACCUACAUCGGCUACUCCGGGGAGGACUAUCCCAAGGCUGCGCCCACGGACGUUAGGAUUAGAGUCCUAAACAGCACUGCCGUGGCUCUGACCUGGACCAGAGUGCACCUGGACACCAUCCAGGGACAGCUGAAGGAGUACAGAGCCUAUUUCUGGAGAGACAGUAGCUUGCUGAAGAACCUGUGGGUCUCCAGAAAACGGCAGUUUGUGAGUUUUCCUGGAGACAGAAACCGGGGCAUAGUGUCCAGGCUGUUCCCUUACAGCAACUACAAACUUGAGAUGGUUGUGACCAACGGCCGAGGAGAUGGGCCCCGCAGUGAGGUGAAGGAAUUCCCCACUCCCGAAGGAGUGCCCAGCUCCCCCAGGUACCUGAGAAUCCGACAGCCCAACCUGGAAAUCAUCAAUCUGGAGUGGGAUCACCCCGAGCAUCCCAAUGGAGUCCUCACAGGAUACAGCCUUAGAUACCAACCCUUUAACGGGACCAAAACGGGCCGAACCGUGGUGGAGAACUUCUCCCCCAACCAGACCAGGUUCACCCUGCAGAGGACAGACCCCAUCUCCCGCUACCGCUUCGUGCUGCGCGCCCGCACCCAGGUGGGAGAAGGAGAGCCCGUAGUGGAGGAGUCCCCAGCCCUGCUGGACGAAGCCACGCCAACCCCAGGUACCGGAUUUGGAGCCGCCACUGGGACGCCUCCGAGCGCGGUGGAGCAAAGCAGCCCUACAGCCACCCCAACCACCACCACCGCCACAGCAACCACCCCAACUACUCCUGACACAACAACAGCCGCCACAGCUCCAACCACAGCUCCAACCACAGCUCCAACCACAGCUCCAACCACAGCCACCACCACCACCACAACCAGCAGCACCACGGCCGCCGCCGAGAGGGCUCCGGCUGCCACCACAAAGCAGGAGUUGGCCACCAAUGGAUCGUCCAUAUGGGACAUAAGAGCUAUGGCUAAUAGUAACUGGGCAAACAUCACCUGGAGCCACAAUUACUCUGCAGGAACUGACUUUGUGGUUAAGUAUAUCACCAGUAACAAGACAGAGAGAUCUAUCCCUGUUAAGGCUCAGACCCCUUCCUCUGUGCAGCUGGCGGAUCUGACGCCGGGGAUGAUGUACAAGCUGUGGGUGUUCCCCAUAUGGUCUAGCCCCAGCGAGCACUCGUACAUAACCUUUACCACCAGCUCAGCCUACACCAAGAACCAGGUGGACAUCGCCACGCAGGGCUGGUUCAUCGGGCUCAUGUGUGCCAUCGCCCUGCUCGUGCUCAUCCUGCUCAUCGUCUGCUUCAUCAAGAGGAGCAGAGGGGGCAAGUACCCAGUCCGGGACAAUAAAGAUGAGCACCUAAAUCCCGAAGACAAGAACGUGGAGGAUGGAUCCUUUGACUACAGGUCUCUUGAAAGCGAUGAAGACAACAAACCUCUUCCCAACAGCCAGACGUCGCUGGACGGGACGAUAAAGCAGCAGGAGAGCGACGACAGCCUGGUGGACUAUGGAGAGGGGGGAGAAGGGCAGUUCAACGAGGACGGCUCCUUCAUCGGCCAGUACACCGUCAAGAAGGACAAGGAGGAGACCGAAGGCAACGAGAGCUCCGAGGCCACCUCCCCUGUCAACGCCAUCUACUCGUUGGCAUAGCCCAGUGCCCGGGAACACCGACAGCCUGAGGGGGUCCGGAGGGCCUGGGGGGGGUCCCACAGCAGCCCCCCCCCCCCCCGAUGGGAAUGUGGGAAUGGAACCAACCGAGGAAAAAACGAAACGAAAACAAAAAAAGGGGAAAAACAAAAGAGAAAAAAAAAAAGAAAAAACAAACAAACACACACAGAAAAAAAAAAAAUAAUAGAAAAGAAUCCAAGCAAACAGGCAGCCCAGGAGGCUGCCCAGGCCAUUUAUCCUUAGCAAACAAGCCAAGGGACUCGCGGGGUCGGAGCUGGGGCGGAGAUUCCAGAGGGGCUGGAAGGGGAGAUGCUCGAGGUGAACCCCAGUUUUGGGGCUGCCCCCCAGCCCAGAGCCAGCCCCGAGGGGCUGCAGGGUGGGCUGGGCCGCCCAGACCCCCCUCCCCCAGGGCCCUUUCUGUUCUUUUGGGAGGGAGCUGAAAAUUCUUCUAUUUAAUUUUGCCAGGAAGGUUCUGGAUAAGAGGGGAGGGGUAGAAAUAAAGCCAAGAGUUUGGGGGAGGGAAGGGGGGUGAGAGGGGCCUGGGCAGAGCAGCACAAAUGUGGGAGAGGAGGAAAGCGAUGGAUCUUUGGGUGAUAACACACUGUACUCCUGAGCCAUCCAUCCUCACGGCAGCACCUCGCCCAGGGCCUCUCCCAAAACAGCCAGAGCCACAACCUCCUUCCCCGGAGAUCGAGCAGCACCUCUGCAGGGAGAGCAGGUCCCCAGCACCCCCCCAGCACCUCCCCCCUGCAGAGCCCACAAGAGCUCACCCAGAGCACCCUCGGAGGACAAGAGGCUGCAGAAGGGCUCGUGGGACCGGUGGAAGGACAGUGAGGUGCCUCCCACCCCCCCAAGCCCCGGGGGAACAGCACUGCAGGCAAACCAACCAUCGGGGUUCAGCCUUUGCUUUGGAAGGAUCUGGGGGGCACCUGCCCCCAGCCCACACCUGCUUUCUUUUAAAGGCAACUCCAUAAAUCUUAUGUAGCAAAGAGGGAGUGGAAGCAGGACCAGGAUGAGGGGGCCGGAAAUCACUUGUUUUUUGGAAGGGAAUCAAAGGCAGAGGGUGAGGAUGGAAGGACCCCCCGGGUUCGGGUGGAGCAUCCCCCAGAGCUGCAGCUCGGAGGGCUCAGGGACACCCCAGGAAGGCACGUGGUGGGAACCCAGGAGCCCAGUCCACACCUCCCCAGGCUCUGGGACGAGCCAGACGGACAGUGUGUCCCACUAACCCCCCUCCUCAUUUCUGACAGUGGCCUUUCCCCCCUCCAUCAAUCAGCCUGAGCGAGCCCCUUCCCCGUGGGACCCCCCCCAGACCCCCGCUGUCUUCUCUACAUAUCAACCCCCCGCAUUUAACACCCCCAGCUCGGGUAGGAGCGCUGCUCCACAUGCCUUACACAGCUUGGAACUUCCCGGGGACUUCACCGAACUGGCACUCUCCGACCCCCAGGGCAGCAGGAGCAGGACGGCCGGGCAGCAUUCCCGGCUGGCACAGCACGGAUCCCGGCUGGCACAGCACGGAUCACGCAGGAGGAGGCAGAGCUGUGGACCAGCCCGUGUUCAGUGGCCAAAGCCACGCGUGUCCUCCCAGCUCCUGCACUUCUGAAACCAAAGGUACCUUCGCUGAGAGAGAGAUCCAAGGGUUGGUUCCUCCGGACCACGAGCGACGUCGGGAUGGAUUUUUGUUUCCUUUUUUUUUUUUCCCCCUGAGGAGGAUGUUUUUCUUUGUGUUCAGCACAGUGGAUUGAUUGCCACGGGAUUAAUGCAAUUGUUCUUUCAGCUCUCAAGCUGGUUUGCUCUGCAGACACGUCGCUAGAACGGGAACACUUCUGCUGCUGGGGGUUGGUGAGAGGGCCACGUCCUUUGAGCUGCCCGUGGCAGGAGGAUCCCGGGCCUGAGCACCUGUGUGGCUCCUGCUGCUGAUCCCGCAGGGAAAACGGGAGGGAAGGAUGCAGCUUAAAUGCCUCCCUUAAAAAAAUAACCCUAAUUUAUCCCGGCGGGCACAGCCUGCCCUCCCUGGCACCCUGCCUGUGUGUGACAGCACAGGAACCCCAGGAGUGCAGGACAUGGGGGGACACUGCCGUGGGUCCCUGAUCCCGAGGCUGCUCCCGUCCUCCCUGGAGUGCUGGCGCAGCCAGAGGCGGAAAAAGCAGCGGGAAAAACCGGGAGUUUUGGUCCGAGCCCUGAAAUCCUGGAAGCCCACGGAAACCCGAGGGGACACCAGGUCACGACGCCCCCCCCAGCGUCCCCUGUGCCAGCAUUGCCUUCUCGCGGGUGACAGACCCCGAUCCCACGCGUCACAGUCACUUCUGACCCCAGGGAGCGACGAGGAGCUGCCGCUCCUGCCGCCGACCCCGCCGGGGGGGGAGCGGGAGGGUGGAGGGCAGGGCUGGGCAGUGCCACCCCUCGCCACCCUGGCACACGCGGCCCCUCUCUCAGGCCGUGCCACCGCCUCUCCUGGCACAUCCCACCGCCUCUCCUCGUCGCGCAGGUCCCAGCGGAGCUGCGAGUUCGCCCCGCAACGCCUCACCCUCGUGCCAGGCUUAGCGUGUGUAACUUAGCAGCAAACCCGGUUUCAGUUUAAGCAAUAAAAAAAAG